GUGCUGCUGUGUGCCUGUGUCCACUUUAUAUAUUUUUCUGGGUCGGCCAGUAGUUUAACUUAUAGGUGAAUUUUCGAGUUUUCUCUCUCUUUUUUCGUAUUUUUUCGCGUUAUCCCUCCCCCUUUCCUUUUCCACAUCUCUCCCCAAUCCUUUAGACAAAACAAAUCUUGCAAGUUUGUCAUGGCUACCACCGCUACGCAGAAUCCUGUAGAAACGAACCAGACUCACCUUAAUGGCUAUGUUGGUUUCGACACCAUCACCCAACAGAUUGAAAAAAAGUUGCUCAAGAGAGGCUUUCAAUUUAACGUGAUGGUUGUUGGUCAGUCUGGUCUCGGCAAGUCGACUCUUGUCAAUACCAUUUUCGCAUCUCAUUUGAUUGACAGCAAAGGUCGUCUCAACUCGGACGAACCUCCUCGACAGACCACCGAGAUUGAAAAUGUCUCACACUUGAUCGAAGAACAUGGUGUCCGCUUGAGACUGAAUAUCGUCGACACUCCUGGCUAUGGCGACCAAGUGAACAACGAAAAUUGCUGGGAGCCUAUUGUGAAGUACAUCAAGGAUCAGCACUCGGCCUAUCUUCGCAAAGAAUUGACAGCUCAACGUGACCGAUACAUUACUGAUUCACGAGUUCACUGCUGCCUUUUCUUUGUCACGCCCUCCGGUCAUUCGCUCAAGCCCAUUGAUAUCGUUGUGCUCAAAAAGCUGUCGGAGGUUGUGAACGUCGUUCCUGUGAUUGCCAAGUCGGAUUCGCUCACUAUCGAAGAGCGUGAAGCUUUUAGACAACGCAUCAAAGCCGAGCUCGCGUUCCACAACAUUAGAUUAUAUCCAUACGAAAGUGAUGAAGAUGAUGAGCAAGAACAGGCCUUGAACGAAAGCAUCCGCGAUCUGAUUCCUUUUGCUAUUGUGGGCUCCGAGAGAAACGUGGUCAUUGAUGGAAAGGCUGUCCGUGGAAGAAAGACACGAUGGGGCGUGAUCAACGUGGAAGACGAGAACCACUGCGAAUUUGUCCAUCUUCGCAACUUUUUGACGAGAACGCACUUGCAGGAUUUGAUAGAAACGACAGCCCAGAUCCACUAUGAAGCUUUCCGCGCCAAGCAGCUUCUGGCCAUCAAGGAGUCGACUCAGCAGCCUGCUACUCCGGGCGGCAGUGCUGCUUCUGCUGCUACCCCCAUGGGCUCGCCUGGCACCCCGGCAUCGCCUGCCGUUACUACACCUGCUACGCCUGUACGAACUACCUCCAACCCAUCGUCACCAUAAUUUUCAGUCUCUCUCGCUAACUAGUCUUUCUUUCUUCCUUUUCUAUCCCCUUCCACACAAUUACACGCUUUGCUACCUUUCAUUUCCCUCUCUUUUUUCCUCCCUCUCUUUUCCUCUCCCUCUCCGCUGACUCGCCUUAUCUCUCCUGAACCCCGUCCCCUUGCUUUGUUCACCCUCGCUCGGGUGGACGCUUUUUUUUUCAUGUCCCGAGUGCAAACUUCUAAAGAUUGAAACCUAAUUACAUACAUUUACUUUUUCUUCGUUUCUUA